ACUCGAAUGAACGUGUUUUGGUACGCCUUGUGGAUGGUGUGCUUGUGCGAUGGGAUGUAUAUUUUAAGCACCCAUUCACGGCUUGAUUAUCUCAGCUGUUUAGUGUACGAUCAACUUGAGGUGCUUUGAUAAUGUGUUUAUGAUCGUCUAUUUAUCAUCAUUCAGUUCUGCAGUCUUCUACAAAACACUUCAGUAGUGAUGCAAAUUCAUAAAAUGUUAUAAUUCAGUGCUUCUUAAAAAAGUGAUUUGAAAUCAAAGUGAUCUUUGGUACUUGAUAAUUAUGUAAAUGCUGUGUGUUCUUUAUCCAUAUAAUCACUCAAAUCAAACGAGUAACAAAAGAUAGCGUGAGAGUAGACUUUUGGCUGCGCCUCGUGAUACGGGACACAUCGAUCGUCAUGGGCUGGAGCUGCUGGCAGAAGGGUAAACGAGGAAUGACCGUGUCGGUUUUUUUCUUCGGGAGCAUCUGCCUAUCGGUGAUGCUCGCUUAUCUGGUGUUUGGCGAUAGUACUGACGACGAAGGGUUUCGUACGCUUCGAAUGACUGCCAUUAUGUUCAGGCACGGAGAUCGUUCACCGACUGAGUUUUAUCCAAACGAUCCUCAUCGUAAUCACCAAUGGACCGGGGGUUUGGGUGCAUUGUCAGAGACAGGUUCCAAGCAGAUGUACAACUUGGGGAAAAAUCUGCGCCUUCGGUACUAUCGUUUACUACCUCCGAAUGGGCUUUACUCCAAGGACCAUAUGUACAUUGUUAGCAGCUACGCCGAACGGUGCAUAAUGAGCGCGCAAAGUUUUAUGGCUGGAUUUUUGCCGCCUUUGGAAAACACAAAUCCGUUGCCUAUCCCAUGGCAGCCGGCAGCCAUAAACACCAUUCCUCGGGAUCGAGAUACGAUCAUGGCCCAGAAGAAACCCUGCCCACGAUACGAACAAUCGCUCCAGCGUUUGAUGGGUUAUCCACCGAAGGACAUUCGCGAUCUGAACGAGAAGAAUGCAGCACUCUAUAAAACAUUAACGCAAUCAACCGGACAAAACAUUAGCACCAUCCUGGACGUGGAACUGCUCUACAACACGCUGGAAAUCGAAAAGAACGCCGGCCUCGAACUUCCGGACUGGACCGAAACUAUCUUCCCCGACAAAAUGCUGCCGCUGGCGGAGCGCAGCUUGGCACUCUUCACCGAGACCCCGUUGAUGAAGAAAAUCAAGGGCGGGGCCAUCAUCAGUGAACUGUUGGACAAUAUGAUUCGCAAACGAUCGGGCAUUCUGAUGCCGGAGCGAUCGAUCUUCAUCUACUCGGCGCAUGACGUUACGCUGGUGAACCUGAUGCGUACACUGAAUGUAAUUGACCAGACCACGGGAAAGCCGGACUUCUCGGCCACGAUCGUUUUCGAGCUGCACCAUAGCAUUACGUUUGACGACGAUUUCGAGGUGAAAAUCUAUUACUUCUUCAACAGCGAGGACAAGUAUCCGAAGGACAUCAGCAUACCAAACUGCGGGCAUCCCUGCUCGCUUACCAAGUUCAGCGAGUUGAUGGAGACGGUCCGACUGAAGAACUACGAUGAAAUGUGUGCGAUAGUUUGAUUCUUGUUUCAAAUGUGGUUGAUACUUCUUGAUAUUGUUAGCUAGUGUAAUUAUUACGAUCUGAGCUUUAGAUUUUAUAUUGUUACCACCUGAAACGGUUAUCCUCAAUGUUGCGAUCUUCUUAUAGUUGAUGUUUAUUAAAUGAAUUUAUUGUGAAAAUU